CACCAAAAUGUCGCGCAUGAAGAUAAAGGUGUUGUGUCGGGAUCCUCGGGACUACACUCGCCAGAGGUCGUCAGACAUUCACAAGCUGCCGAGGAACCUGGAUCCGUCUCUCCACCCGCUCGAGGGACCUCGCGAGUACGUGAGAGCGUUGAAUGCCGCCAAACUAGACCGCGUGUUCGCCAAACCGUUCCUCUGCAACCUCGCCGGCCACACGGACGGCGUCUACACAAUCCGCAAACAUCCAAACCUCCUUUCAGUCGUUCUGUCGGGAUCCUGCGACGGGCAAGUCAAGAUAUGGAACCUCGCGAACCAACAGUGCCUGAGAAGUGUUCCCGCACACGAGGGCUUCGUGCGAGGGCUAAGCAUGACUCGCGAGGGAAACAGUUUCCUAACAGUAGGCGAGGACAAAGUCAUAAAGCAGUGGCCAUUCCCGGAGGAGGACGAGGGGGAGUUAGAGCCUGUGAACACAAUUCUGGGAAAGUCUGUGUUCCAAGGUGUUGAUUGUCACUGGAAUGAAGACAAGUUCGCAACAUGCGGAGAGAAAGUCGAUAUAUGGGAUGAGGCAAGAUCCGAGCCAAUUCGUUCAUUUACAUGGGGUCCAGACAGCAUCACCAGCAUCAGGUUCAACCCAAUUGAAUUUAACCUAUUAGCCACUGUCGGCUCCGAUAGAGCAGUGGCACUGUAUGACAUACGCCAGCCAGUCCCUCUUCGCAAAGUGGUUUUGUCGAUGCGGAGUAAUGCUGUGGCCUGGAACCCAAUGGAGCCCCUCAAUUUCACAGUCGCUAACGAGGACAGUAACCUGUACUCAUUCGACAUGCGGAGACUAGACAAGAGCAGAAUUGUGCACAAAGACCAUGUAAUGGCAGUCAUGGAUGUAGACUACUCACCGACUGGAACUGAGUUCGUGUCUGGAAGUUUCGACAAGACUCUGCGGAUAUUUGGGGUUGAAGCAGGGCACAGUCGAGAGAUUUACCACACAAAACGAAUGCAGAGGGUUUUCUGUGUCGCAUGGAGCUCAGAUGCUUCUUACAUAUUGUCGGGAUCAGACGAAACAAACAUACGACUGUGGAAAGCUUCAGCAUCUGAAAAGAUUGGGAAGGUACACCUGCGAGAGAAGGCUGCACUGGACUAUGCCAGUAGUCUGAGGGAAAAGUUCAAACAUCAUCCGCAGGUGAGACGGAUAGCGAGACAUCGCCAUGUCCCCAAACUAGUGUUCAAGCAGGCCAGAGAGAAAAGAAUUAUUAUGGCAUCGCGUCGCCGAAAAGCCAGAAAUGUUGCUCUACACAGUAAACCUGGGACAACCGUACAGCCCAAAGAAAAGACUAAGAACAUCGUAGAAGUUGCGUGAAUUUCCUAUUUUGUUGCGCAUGCGCUGUUUGACACGCGGUGACCUAUGAACUCUACGUGUCUUGGUGGGCGUUAUUUGGAGAGAAAAAGGGAAGCGACUGGCGUUUUCUUUUUCCCUGCUUUUCGGAGAUGUUGUGACGACGAGAGAGGGAUUGAUGGCCGUAGUAAUGGGAGAGAGGCUGCUGGUGCUUGUGUUUGUUACGUCACUACUCGUCUGGGCACCGGCCAGCGGUGAGGGUGCGUCUGAUGAAGAAGCACCAGGGACGGUUGCCCAUGUACAAGAAACUGUUGAGAAGAGAGAGGUUCUGGUAGAGUCUAAGGCUGAAGAGGAGACGGAACAAUUGCCUACCGCUAGUAGCGAACAAACUGAAAACAGUAAUCAUGAAGAGAUAACGAAGGGCGAGGGAGAGGUAACAGAAGAGCAUGAUGUUGUCAUGUCAACGCACCAUCCUGGUGAUUUAGAGCCUCUGAUUGAGCCUCCUUUGGCCACACCUCCUGGUGAUGAGACCACACCUACUAAUCUAGAGGUCACACCCACUGUUCCAGAGACGGAUGCAGAAUUGGAGCAACCAAUUGAGAUUGUCAGUUCCGAGACUGAGGCCACGCCCACUGGGGAGGGGGGUGAAGAGAGGGAGGGAGGUGGGGAGGAGGGAGACGAUGUCCCGACAUUCACAGAGUUCUCUCAGAGGAAGAGGAUGGAGCAGAACUCAACUCAGAGACUGACUAAUGAGAAGCUGACACUGACAAAUGGAGGUCAGCACAACUAUGCCUCCAUUGACUGCGGGGCUAAGAUCAUUGCCUCUAAUAAAGAGACUCAGAAUCCAUCCGCAAUUCUCAGUGAAAAUAGAGAUCACUACAUGAUUAACCCCUGCUCUGCUGAUAUCUGGUUUGUGGUGGAACUGUGUGAACUGGUGGAGUUGCACAGUCUCCAGAUUGCCUGUUUUGAGCUCUUCAGUUCCAUUCCCGAGAACUUCAACAUCUCUGUCUCUGAGAGGUAUCCAGUGGACGAGUGGCGUUUCCUGGGAAUGCUGCAUGCGUCCAACGAGAGAGAGGUCCAGACUUUCCUCCUGUCGCCAGAUGAGUCCAGCUACGCCAAGUUCCUCCGAGUCGACAUGGUGUCCCACUACGGCAGCGAGCACUUCUGCCCUCUCAGUCUCCUCAGGGUCAACGGAUCUUCCAUGAUGGAGGUGUACGAGUAUUCUGAGAGUCAGCAGGAAGGUUCUGUGGAAUCGCUGUCUCCCACUGUAGCCCCCUACGAGGGAGACAGGGAAGAAGAUGACUUGUUUGGGGGAAUUCUUGAGGAGAAUGUUUCCCAGCAACUGGAGGCUGGGAUCCAAGGUGUGGGUGCGGGUCUGAAAGAACUGCUGGCUGGGGCUGUACGUGGUUUCAUUGAAACAGUGGGUGACUACAUGAGACCAGCGGAGGAUAAGGAUUCUCAUACCCCACCCGAAAUUGUGACCCCGGGGUACCUCACCCCUGAAUCCGAUGUGGAAAGUGAAAGUGUGUCCACUGCCGCUCCUCGCCCAACUUCUUCCCACUCCUCAAGUGACGAUGGGUCUAUCGCUGAGGAAAAGGUUGCUUUUGGUGAUGAUGUCAUCAUUACAAUACCAACUGAAACUGAUGAAACUUUGAAAGAUGUGCCUGAGGAUUAUCCAUCGUUAGAGGGUUUCAUGCCGAAAACUCAUUCCAUUCAAUCGUCUGAAACAAUAGAACCCAUUUUGGAAACCACACCCUCAAUUAAUGAGGCCCCACCCACUCCAGCUCCAACUAGCAGGUCAACAAGUAGUCAAGACAAUGGAAACAAGCAAACAGAGCAAGUCAUUGACUCAGUGGUAGCCAGUGGUACCCCUAUUGCAGACAAUGGUGGUACUUUGGCCCACAAUGGUGGAGACACAAUGGUGCAAGACCCAGACAAUAGUGGUCAGGAAUGGCCUGAUAUUGUGGUGGAUAAUGGUACAGUGGUUGUCAACAAUGGAAGUGCAGUGACCAGGACUAGUACAGUUGUGGAUGACCCUGAGGAACAUGACAAAGAAAGUGAAAACCAAACUUCUACAGAGGGAGAGAAGCAAGAUUACGACUCUACCUUAGUUUCUGGAGAAGAAAACGAAGGGGAGGAGGAGAAGGAAAGUGACAGCAUCAAUGAUGAAACAGAAGUAGUUGCUGAUAUCGAUGGUGCAGAUGGCACCUCAAAACCAGUAGUUGGUGGAAGACUGGAGAAUGGUGCUAUUGGGGAGGAAGGUGGGGAGGUGGGGGAGGGUGAGAAGGGUGCCGAAGGGGGAGAGCUCUCCGACACGGAGACUUCGCAAGAGACUCUGACCAAUGGGAACGGAGCUGGGGGGUUGUCAGGACAACCAAAGGAGAAGUCUGUUUUUCUGCGACUCAGCAAUCGUAUUAGGGAUUUGGAGGAGAACAUGUCUCUCUUUAGUAGCUACCUGGAUGAGAUAAGUACUGGGAUGAAGAGAAACAAGAACAGGACGGAAGAUGGACAAAGAUCUCUAGAGAGAAGACUUAGUCUCCUCAAUGACAGCUUGCAGCUAACCACAAACCAGACAGAGCUGGUGUUGAUUUAUCUCCAUGGUAACUUUGAGGACAUCAGGAAAGCUGUUGAAAACAUCUCAGAAGACAUGACACAAGGGAUGAGAACACUGGUGUGGCUGUUGUGUUCAUUGAUCUUCAUACUCACAUCCCUACUGGCCGUAUCCAUAGCAACGAUUGUUUGGUUGCUAUGCAAUAAAACUACGAUGUCACAACGUGACAGUCAGUUGAGACAAACAAAGGCAAAAGAGACUGAGAAAGAUUUUGAUAAAGUCUGUGUGCCAUCAUCGCAACCCCCGGCCAAUGGGAUAUGUGCUGUGGCUCAUAUUGGCAAUGGGAGUGGGUUACUAGGGGCAACAGAGAAUCAGCAGACUCUAGAAUUACACUCGGACGAAUCGCUGCAUUCCGAGGUACGUUUCCAUGGCAAUAACCUCUAUCUUAUAACAAUUACGUAAUCCUCUGGUGCAGCCAUGGAGUAGAGUGGCGAGGAAGAGGAAGAAAAAGCCGAAAACUCUAUGACCGCACUCCACCCACUUUUGAACCCCACCAGAUUUGAUUUUAACCCCAUUCAGACCACAUUUUCCCUGCGGACACUCUUCUACUAAUCACAGGUGUCAAAAUAAUACAUUAUUGACUGUGUAAAGUCAUCAGUAUUUGAUCAUCAAAGAUUUCUCAUUUCUCUACUGAAGAGAACCUAUGGAAGCGAAAGAGUUCGGAGUUUAAGAAGUCUACGAGAGGGUUAAAUGGUUUCCCCGCCAUGUUGGGGUUGGCACGGGGAGCCUUGGGGGAGACCCUGUCAUUUUGACGAUAAUGACAUGUGGUCUCUGAACCAGCUCUCAGGUAGUAAGCCUGUGGUGUUUUUAGUUGUAGCCAGGUGAGGAUAGGAGCAUUUCCCAAGCACUGCGCACACCUCAUAAUGGAGCUGACUGCUAGUCUUUGUCCGCCAUCGCUUCACCAGCUCCCACUUCCAGCACACCUCGUCUCCCUGGCAACAACAACAGACCACACCCACUGCA